GUUAAGCGUCCUCUUCGUCCGAACUUCGUAGCGGCAGCACGCUACAUCAAGAGCUUCUUCUAUGGUAAAGAUUUUGUUUGGGCAGCAAUUGGUGGUCUGGUGAUGCUUUGUUUGGGCCAUCAUCGUCGGGAGAUGUUCGACAUCCACAUUGUGUACGAUGUUGCAGAUUACCGGCGUAUGAAGCUCAAGCUCGAAGCAGACAGGAGGGCGACGCUACCGGAUGGAAUGAACUCGCUUCUACCAUCGAAAGUCCUACUCAGAACUGGACGAUUCGUAAAAGAUCCCGGAUGCACGGAAGAUUUAGAUGUGGAAAUCAAUCUAGUUCCAUCAGGUGAGGACUUAAAACGGUAUACAUGUUUUCUCGCGCUUAUGGUGGUCAGGAAGCCUUUGAACGCCCCGCAAUGA